AACUUAUUGCAUUUGCAUACAAUUUCAUUAUGAAAACUUGAGACGUAAACAUCAAUACAAAGUUUGAUAAAUACAGUUUAGAGAAAUUGACGAAAUGGAUCUUGAUCUAAAAUGUAAAACACCUAUGCUUUUCUACACGGACGAAGAGCUGAAUAGUAUACUGAAGAUCCGUGGUAAAACUUUGGAUCAAGUAUCAGAAGAUGUUAAGAUCAUCAAGGAAUGGUUGAAGUUGCAGCCUCACUUACCUCUGCAUCCCAGCGACAGGCAAAUCGUGUGUUUCCUGGUGAUGAACAAAUUUUUUAUAGAGAAAACUAAAGAGAAAAUUGAUAUGAAUUACACGAUUAAAGGAUUAAUGCCGGAAUUCUACACUAAACCACCGUCUCAUCCGGAUAUCCAGAAAACCAUGAGCCAUUUUACUUACGGAUUAAUGCCUAAAUUGACGAAGAAAUUCAACAGAAUUUACGUGUGUCGUUUAGAAAAUGCGGAUGAUGUAAUCCUGACGGAUUCGUAUACUUAUCUAUGCACGCUUUUUGAGAUUAGGACAAUCUUGGAUUUCAGCAAUUCGGACGAAUACAUCUUCGAUUUAAGUUAUUAUCCAUUAAGCAUGCUCACUAAAGUCAAUCCUAUGGACAUGAAACGAGUGGUCACCGUUAUUGAAAAAGUUAAUUCCAACCGAAUGGCCGGUAUUCAUUUCAUAAACAUGCCAGGUUACGCUGAAAAUCUGAUAAAUUUGAUCAAAUCAAUGCUGAAACCGAAGAUUCGGGAAAGGGUGAAUUUCCACAAAGGUUACAAAUCGUUGCUUGAGUUUUUUGAUGAAGAUCGACUUCCUAAAGAAUUCGGAGGAAGUGGGCCGACUAUACCGGAAGUUAGAGAAAAUAUGAGGAAAUUAUGUUUGGAACAUGAUGAGUAUAUCAAGAAAAUUUUUAAUGCCAAAGUGAACGAAUCUCUGAGACCAAGCAAACUCGUCAAUGAUGAUAUAUUGGGUUACCAUGGCAACUUUAAGAAACUGCAAUUCAUAAAGGUUACGAAACGUUGCUUGAGUUUUUUUGAUGAAGAUCGACUUCCUAUAGAAUUUGGAGGAAGUGGGCCGACUAUACCGGAAGUUAGAGAAAAUUUGAGGAAAUUAUGUUUGGAAAAUGACGAAUAUAUUAAGAAAAUCUUCAAUGCCAAAGUGGACGAAUCUCUGAGACCAAGAAAACUCAUCAACGAUGAUAUCUUGGGUUACCAUGGCAACUUUAAGAAACUACUAGUCGAUUGAUUCGUAUUAGAUGAAUAUAU